ACUUCAUUAUGAAAUAUAUUUUGCAAAAUUCCAUUAUUAUUGUUGUUGUUAUUUAUUCCGGUGACUAUUUUAAUUGUAAUUUUUCCAGUUUGUAAAUAAAGGCUAAACACCAAUAAGGAAAAAAGUUAUUAAGCAUCGCAGUUUUAAGUAUACAUUUACAUUUGCAAGGCAUACCAUUUUACCAUAAAUAGCGAGAAACAAUUGAGAUGAGAGAACGUGGCUUAAGUUAUAUGAUACUUUUAAUUCUUAUAAGUGUUUGGUGGGUGUUGGCAGAUACGACGGACAAUGAAGAUCCUGAUUGGACAGCAUCGAAUGAUAAUGGUAAUUGGGUAGGUCAUGAUGCCUGGUCUAAAAAAGGAAUGUCGGAUCAUAGCUCCUGCACCAAUAAUAACGCAAAGUCGUCAACAUCGAAUUCGGACGAUAUAGCGUGCUUGUUAUAUUUCAAGAAAUUAAUAGCUCUGGUGUUCGCUCGCCAGCAAUUUACGUACAAUUCACUUUUAAAACACUAUGAACGAGGUAUGCACAUUCGAAUCGGGCAAUCACAACUGGAGCUGUUGGAAAAGUCAAAGGAUUGUCGAGAUUUAGAUAAAAUUAUAACACAACUAUUUGAAAAGAAUUAUAUCUCUUCAUAUUGUGGCCGACAGUUUGAAACGAAUGAAUGCUCAUAUUUCCGAAAGUUGAUAAUAAAAUCAUUUCGAGAUCUAGGCGUAAUACUUAAAAAUUUCGAGGUACGUUUUCUCUUAAUAUUUUUACUUAUUAUGAUAUGCGGUUGGUUUGUUAGUCGUCGCUGGAAAGUCGGUUAUUUUUGUUUAAUAUUUGCCGGCAUAUUCCUAUAUGGAUUUCUACACACUUAUCUAGAAUGUAAUCGGGAAAUCGAGGUAAAUAAUGCAUUAGAAUACAUGGAAAGACAGCAAAAGCGUAUGGGAGCUAAUUCGUGGAUGACAUGGGUAAAAAGUUGGUUUAUAAGUCAAGAUUAUGCUUAUGAGGAAAGAGUGGAAAACCUAAAAAAAUCCUCUCAGCUAAAUUUAUCUUUUUGUCGGCCGGAUCAUGUUCUUGUGCGUUAUAUAAAUGACUUGUUCAUGAAAUACAUUGAAGGUUUAUUAGAUAAAUCUGUUUUAUCAUUGAGAACUCUUUUAAAAGUCAUGCCGUUUCCAUAUAAUCUUCUGGUUGCUCCGAUGUUCUUGUAUGUACUUGUUUAUCUGCUAAAAUUAACCUUUAAAUAUAUUUUAAGCCCAUCGGUUUCGAAAUCGCUAAGUGGUUCGAAUCAAACCUCAAAUCAGAUUCAACAAGAUCGUAUUUCAGGUGAAAAUUUAAAAAUAUUAUUAAGCAUAUGUAGUAGGCAUACAAAGAGUGAUAUUAAAGCAUCUAAAACUGUAUAUGCGCAAACAGAUGCCGUAUCUGGAGUUCAAGAAAUAAGGGAACUUAUUGAAACUGUGGAUGAAAUUGAAGAAGAAAAUUAUGCAAAUACGUCCAUGUCGUCAACACAAAACAACGCACAAAUUAGAAGCGAACAUAAAUCUUUAAAUAAUAUUGUGGCAAUUCCGAAUGAACAAAUUAGAAGCGAAGAUAAAUCUUUAAAUAAUAUUGUGGCAAUUCCGAAUGACCAGCAGACAGAAAAUAUUAAUCAAAUUACGGCUGAUACUGAGGCUCAUUUAGAAGAAGAAAAUAUCACCGAAAAUCCUGUUUGUAAUCUCGCUGCGUUAGAUAAUAACAAUAAAAAUGAGAAUGAAAGGCGAAAGAAAAUGCCUGAAAAUGUUGAAGCGACUGUUACUUUAAAAGAUGAAUUUGAUUGAUUUUUGUUACAUUACCAUUAUUUAUUUAUUACAUUUUAUCUCAUGGAAAUAUG